AUGGGUCUAUUGAAUUCUAAAAACCCCAAAGCCAAGCAAGCCCGAAUUCUUCUUCUGGGACUUGACGCUGCUGGGAAGUCUACUCUCCUUUACAAAUUAAAGCUUGCUGAGGGUAUUGUGACCAUCCCAACAGUAGGUUUCAACGUGGAGAUGAUUGAGUUGGAAAAGGUGUUUCCUGUUGGAGGACAGGAAAAAAUGAGAACUGUGUGGGGCCUCUACUGUGAGAACACCGAUGGGCUGGUAUAUGUUGUGGACAGUACAGAUACACAGCGACUGGAAGACUCCAGGAGAGAGUUUGAGCAGAUUUUGAAGAAUGAGCACAUUAAAAAUGUGCCUGUUAUCCUGUUAGUCAACAAACAAGACGUGCCUGGUGCUCUGAGUGCCGAGGACAUCACCAGAAUGUUCAAAGUGAAGCAACUCUGCAGUGACCGGAAUUGGUACGUGCAGCCCUGCUGUGCUGCCACCGGGGACGGGCUGAUGGAGGGGUUCCGGAAGUUAACUGGAUUUGUGAAAAGCCACAUGAAAUCAAGAGGAGACAUAUUAGCAUUCUUCAAGCAGAACUGA